AAACCGGAAAAACGAGCACAGAAGCAGCAAAAAGUAUAUCGCAUGAUUCGACACAGGAAGCAUCUGCUUCAAGUGAAAACGACCAUCAAAAAGCAUCGGGAACGAAGAUCAGCAGCAGCGCUGGAUCUAAGGAAUCUAUCAGUCUCGGUGCUGGAACUGGCAACACAGAGGAAUUGA